AUGUGGAACUACUGGCUACCUUUCCGAGGAAGUCCCAAAUAUGAAAUAAGAUCGCGACCCACUGAUGCGGGUACAUUUGAUAUCAUAUUGGACUUUCAGCCUACACCCGUCCCUCGAGUAGCCAGUGCAAGAGAACAAGAUAUGGAGAUAUAUGAGAAGAGAAAGGGGCACGGAGUAACUAGACGAGCAGCAGAGACAAACAGCCAAUUAAAAGGACAACUUGGUAGGAGGUUCCCAUUUCCACCUAUCCUGGCUGACCGGUCAGUUGGAUUCUAUCCUAUAAAUAGAUCCAAGGUAGAAAAGUAUUUCUAA